AUGGCUGCGAAUGGAGACUUUGAUACGGACCCUCCCCAGGCCUGGAAGAAGGAUUCCAUCGAGGAGCGCAGCUUCGGUGCCGGUUUGAUAUGUCUGGAAGGCCACUACACACAGUCCCCGGUCAUGGGCCCAUCAACCACUGCCAAGGUCAUGGCUGUCAUCUCCAGAACUCUUGAAAAGACGCAUACAUUCAAGGAUGUCCGUGAACUUCUAUCAAGGAAUCUGAAGAUAUGGAUCUGGCUUCGCCGGGCCAUUUCCGCAGCCAUAUGCGACCUCAAUGAAAAGUCGCUGGGUGUUCGUUCAGAGCCAUUUGUGCCGACAAAAUUCAUAGACAUCACCGCACCCCAAAUCAUGGCCUUGAUCAUGAAGAACUACGCGCCUUUAAAGGAAGCUCUGCAAAUGCUUAAUAAGCUGAUGCACAUUGCUCGCAAUUUGUUGGUCACAACUUACCCCGAAGUUCCUCAAGACUUGUCUGCUGCCGUAAACUUCGAUCAUGAGGUGUACGAAGCCAUUUGUCUCUGCGUCAACGUUACCAGCAAGGGCAUAGAUGGCGAGAUGCCCGAGGACGAUGCAUCUAGAGCCAAGUGUAGCGAGAUCCAGGAGCUAUACAAAAAGGUCUUGGUGACUUCUUUACAACAGGCACAUAAUUGGAUCGCCAAGAAUGACCGCAACAAGAUGGCCUUCUGGUUCCGUGUUUUGAUUGAAUCCCCCGACGUUGACAACAACCACGCACCCGAGGAUCGGCACGAGUCUGUUAUGCAAUACUUGGGCCCCCGGAGUCUAUCUCUCCGGACAGAGAUUGCGAAUUGGCUGGAGCGGAAUUCAGAUAGAUGCGAGACUGCCACGGCUAUUUGCAAGGAAUAUCUAGAAGCACAAGACGAAUCCGACAAGAACCAAUGGUUCCCGCAAAGUCAACAGCUCGCAAAUAAAGCGAACAUUCAUCAAGAUGCAGCACAAGCUAUCUCGGAAUGGCAUCCAGAAGUAACGGAUAGUGUGGAGCGAGAUCGUCUGUAUGGUCGAGUAUCUCAUGAAUUGGAUGAGUGGUGGGAGAUGACGCGCUUGCCCAACAGCAAGGACCAGAGCCUGAAGAUGUGGCCGCUGGAUUUUGUUCCUGAAAGAAUAAAGCAGUGCGAGGCGAAUCUCAUGCAGCGCUAUGCCACAACAGACGCGCCUGAGGAUCCAGAAGACGAUCUUGAUCACCCUGAAGGUGAGACCAACAACCAAGCCGAUUGGCAAAAUCAGCCUGCUCCGGCGAGCACCAACUAUGCACCAGAAUACGACGAAUACGAGGAAGAUGCGGAUGAUGACGAUUCGUACGGGGAAGGUCCAAUGACUGGCCUCCUCACUGAGGUCCCCAACGUCCUCGAUCCCAAGCAGAUAGAGGCUUUGCACAUGAUUGUCAAGUCAUGCAUACUUGAAUCGGCAGGUACAGGACUAACGCCACAUGGAGAAAGCCUUCAACACACUAGAUGCAAGAUUCUUCUGGCGACCGACUGUGGCAAGAAUCUGCUCAGAGAAAUGCUCGUCUUCAUAGCUGUGUGGGAAAAGGAAGAGCAGUCACUUAUUUUCCAGAUCAGCAGCCAGAUUGUACAAGCCAUACACGAGAGCUCGUUGAUUCCCUACGCCUGGGAGGCACUGCGAAGCCCCAAAGAUAUUAUCUCACCGGCACAAACCGUUCUCCUUCGUCUGAUCACCUACCUUUCGCGCACAGCUUUCUACCCUCCAAAAGACUACAACCCUCGACCAUUAACCGACGGUACUCCACCACCUUCAGAAGAGCUUCGCCUGGCCAAGAUGCUCAAUUUCCUCUACGGCGUUUUCAGGAGUCGCAUUGUACCGGAAUGCGUUGCGCUCAUGCAGAUCCAAGCAGAUGUUCGCAAGGGAAAUCUGGACCCUGCAGACUUCCCAGUCGACACGUGGGACUUGGAGCGUGCCAAGGAUGGUCUGGUGCAGUAUCUCGACUUUCUCUACACGAUUGCCGAUAUUCACCCUUUGCGGCAACAUCUUAUCGAGUACGAGGCUGUCUAUGAGCUGAUUAAGCUUCUUGAAGGCCUCGACGAAGGCGUAGAGAAGAUCCCGCUCAUUGAUGGGCGCCGUAACCCUCAGGUGCCAGCACAACAGCCGGCCGCGUACCAAACUAAUCCACAGCCGCCGCCGCCGCCGCCUCCUCCCCUGACAGAACCACCGUAUGAAUUUCCCUGGUCUGGUAUCAAGGGACAAUUGCUCUCAAUUUUGGCAGCUCUGUUGCAGCCACCACCCGGUCAAUCCUCACCCGGCAACCCCACAGUACAAUUACAGAUUGUGCAACAUAAUGGAAUAGUUGCGCUCUUAAACUGCUGCCUAUACGAUGACAAUAAUCGCUUUUGUCGUGAGCGCGUGCAGCUAUGUCUGAAGUGGUUGAUGGACGGUUCUCCAGACGCCAGUGCGUUUUUACAAAACCUCGUUGCCGCCAAUCCUGGACCCAUGGCACGCCCCUCAGCAGACGCAGGACCAGAGACGCAUAGUGUACGGGUCGAUGGAGUAGGGGGCGAUGUGCGAGUACAAGUUAGAAGCUCGAGCGCACCAGUGGGAGAAGAUGCUGGUGUUGCAGGGCUUGUGCCUGGGGCGACCGCUGUCCCAAGGGUAAACAGAGGAGAUGCGCUGAUGAGCGAUAUCAUGGCCCUGACGAGGGCAGACGAUCCAAACAAGAUUCCACAAAAUCUGGAGGGUGACGAAACCGAAGAUGAUGACUUUAUGUAA